UUUGUAUGUGAUGGUACUGUUUCCGGUUUUACAGCAGGAGCUGCACGUGUGUUCAGCUACAGGAGAGUAAACGGUGUAAAAUGACAAAGUCAGGCGGUGUGGUGAAGCCGAAGACGAAGCGCUCCAAGCGUUUCCUGCAGACCCGAGAACCCAAGCUGACGGAGAACUCGAAGAACGUCAUGAUCAUGAAGGGAGGGAACACGAGCGAAACCGUCACACACGCCCUCAAAGACGUGUACGCGCUGAAGAAACCCAACGCUGUUCUGUACAAGAAGAAGAACAUCAUGAGGCCGUUUGAAGACUCCACGUCACUGGAAUUCUUCUCCAAGAAGUCAGACUGCUCGCUGUUCCUGUUCGGCUCCCACAACAAGAAACGACCCAACAACCUGAUAUUCGGUCGCAUGUUUGAUUUCCACGUGUUGGACAUGUUUGAGCUCGGCAUUGAGAAGUUCACAUCGCUCAAAGAGGUUAAGAACAGUAAGUGUGCAGAGGGUACGAAGCCCAUGUUGGUGUUUGCAGGUGAACUGUUUGAGACGGAUAAAGAAUACGUACGCCUCAGGAGUGUCCUGACAGAUUUUUUCCGAGGUCCGUCUGUAUCCGCCGUGCGUCUGGCCGGUCUCGAUCACGUUCUCCACUUCACUGCUCUGGACGGAAAAAUCUACCUGCGCAGCUACAGGGUGCUGUUGAAGAAGUCAGGCUGUCGGACACCGAGGAUAGAGUUGGAGGAAAUGGGUCCGUCAUUAGACCUGGUUGUGAGAAGGACUCACCUGGCCUCAGAUGACCUGUACAGGACCGCACUCAGACAGCCCAAAGGAGUCAAGCCCAAGAAGAAGAAGAACGUCUCCCACGAUACCUUUGGCACCAGAUACGGCCGGCUGCACAUGCAGAAACAGGACCUCAGCAAACUGCAGACCAGGAAGAUGAAGGGACUGAGGAAGAGGAAAGGAGAUGUCGCCAUGGAGACCGGAGAGACGAUAUCACCCAAGAAAUCCAAAGCUCAGGAAUAAAGGCAUCUCUGUCAGAAAGGACAUGAUUUUUUUUGUAUUAUUAUUAUUAAAAAACCCGUCUGAUCCUUCUGCGGUGGUUGUGACUCGGCCGGGUCCCCUCUGGAACACAUCUGUGUGACUCGUUGAACACGUUUUUGCAGUUAUUGGUGGUGUUUAUUUGUAAAUGUUCAGGUUCUAGGUUUUAAACCUCACCCUGGCCCUUUAACAACAACAAUAAACUGCUGAAUAUUUUCACCA